UCCGACAGUGUUUGCUCAAAGGGCUGAAGGAGAGUCCAGUCAUGUCUCACUCUGACUCUCUACUGCUGAUUGAACUGGAAGAUGAGAUCCAUAGGCAGGUGGGCGUGGUGCACAGCCAACACUGUCAGUAAAUGUUUUACACUCGGUAUCCACACUUUGACUGAAGAAUACUUUAUAACUGAAAAUGACUUGAUUACUGUGAUCCAGCUGCACUUUGUACUCACACACUACAGCAAUGUUCCCAUUUUUUGAUGACCUCACAUGUUCUGUGUUAAAUAAGAAAUACCUCACUCAUAGGUGUAUGCUAAUCCCUCCUUAUAUUGGCUCAGGAUUUUGUGAACUUUGCUACAUGUAUAAGAAUCAACACUAUCUGUAAAAGGCACUGAAACAAUCAAAACCUCAAUGAAUGUUCCAUGACUAUAAUCUGAAGCACUUCUGAUCAUGUCUAAAUGAAGACUUCUAAUAAACGUUUCUAUAAUAUGACAGUGUAAAAUGUUUCACUUGGGAUUGAUUACGAUUUUCACUGUAUAUCCUUGAAAGAAAAUAUGGUUUUAAUGUUCACAACAAAAUUGCACAAAUACAACAGAAACAGAUAUUUGUACUGCUGCUUACUUAAUAGAAUGCAUUGAUUAUGAUUAUAGCAUUUAUGUUGAAUGUAAUAUUGAUUUAAUUAAAAAUACACAGGUGUCUCAGAGUAAUAUUUUUAAAGAUCUAGUUCUGUGAUUGCGUUACUCGUAUCACAGAUUUAUAAACUUUUAUUGCUGUGAGGUGUUAAGUCUAGAUUGCCUUCUGCCUAUCUCAAGAUUUUAUAUCUCAUAUUUCACUUGGCCAUGUUCCACAGCUUCUAUGUGGGUGUAGGUCUGACUAGUUUGUGGAACAACAAGGUACCGAUACUUUUGACAGUAUGGGCAGGUCAUAGUGCUGCUGGAAAAUGACAUCAGAAUCUCCAUAACAUUCAUCAGCUGAGGGAAGCAUGUAGUCCUCUUUCCCUGCAAGGUAACUAUGUUGAUUUUGUAGUUGCCAAAACACAAAAAUAAUCAGAAAUUGGAAACUUUAUCCUGGGCCUCAAGCAACAUGCAUUCUGUGCUUCACUCUUCAUCCAGACCACAAUUUCCAAAUAUAUUGCAAAAUUUACUUUUAUUAUGAAAAAGAUGUCCAGUCCUUUUUUCUUCCUACACACUUCUGAAUCAAAUUCAUUAGUAUUAGUGCCUCAUACACAGUUCUGUAAUAGCCUGGAGCCAUAAGCUGAUGAUUACAAAAUAAAAUCUUAAAUGAGUGCUUUGUCGCCACCCUUUGGCAGAGAACAGUGAAAGUUUGUUUCUGACAAACAACUUUUGAGCAACAUGGCAACCAGGUGGGGAAUAUGCAGCGCUGGGAAGAUCAGUCAUGACUUUGCUGUUGCUUUAAAAACUCUUCCUGCUGAAGACCAUCAGGUUGUGGCUAUUGCAGCUCGUAAGUUGGAGGAUGCUGAAGAGUUUGCCAGGAAACAGAGCAUCUCUAAGGCUUACGGCAGCUACGAGGAGCUGGCCAGAGAUCCAAAUGUAGAUGUGGUGUAUGUUGGGAACAUCCACCCAUACCAUCUGAAGGCCUGUCUGCUUUUCAUGAACGCCAAGAAGAAUGUUCUGUGUGAGAAACCGCUGGCCAUAAACACCAAAGAAGUGAAAGAGAUUCUGGACUCUACCAAAAGGAAUCAAGUCUUCUUCAUGGAGGCCGUGUGGACCCGUUUCUUCCCAGUUUCUGUGGAGGUUAGGAAGAUGCUGGCGCAGGGGGAAAUAGGAGAGGUGAAAAUGGUUCGGUCGAAGUUUGGAGUCCCUGUUUUGCACAACCGAAGAGUAGUAGAGAAGGAGUUGGGAGGAGGAGCGUUGUUGAACAUUGGCAUGUACUGCCUGCAGUUUGUGUGUAUGGUGUACAAUGGAGAGAGGCCAGAGAGCAUCCAGGCAACCGGGGUCUGCCUGGACACAGGGGUGGAUGAAACUGUGGUUGUAACUCUGAAGUUUUCAGAGAAGAGAAUGGCAGUGUUUACUUACUCUUCCAGUAUACAGCUUCCUAAUGAUGCCAUUAUUGUUGGAACCAAGGGCACCAUCCAGAUCCCUGCCAGAAUGUGGUGCCCCACAUCGCUAAUUGUGAAUGGGAAGGAGACCCAGUAUCCCUUGCCUGAACCGCAUUUCCCUUUGAACUUCCUCAACACCACAGGGAUGCGUUAUGAAGCAGAGGAAGUCCGACAGUGUUUGAUCAAAGGGCUGAAGGAGAGUCCAGUCAUGUCUCACUCAGACUCUCUUCUGCUGGCAGAACUGGAGGAUGAAAUCCGUAGGCAGGUGGGCGUGGUGUACAGCCAAGACUGCCAGUAAAUGUUCUGCAGUCACUACAAAAAUGAAACAAUUACUCAAAAUGGACUAUUAAGGAGAUCCAGCAGGACUUUGUGUUCCAUCACUGCUGCUACUGUGUUAUUUCUUCAUGUUUUGAGAGGCCUGACAGAGAUCAUACCUAAAGAUCAGUAAAAGUUCUGAAUCCAAACUUUGUAAAUCUUCCUUUGAGUUUACUUUCAGUUCUGUUCCUAUUAAGUUAUUCCAAAAACAAAAGGCCAGAUAACUUCUGAUAGGUGCUCACUUUAUUGAUAGAACUUCAGUCUUAUGAGACAUCUCACUACACCAGCUAAACAUCAUAAUCCCCCUUUACAUAGUUAGUUCUUAGUCUCUAGCAUUACAAUCAAAAGCAUGUUAGAGGAGCAGGACAGCUACAGUGGAUCACCAACAGAGAAGACGAUGAGAGAGCUCUGAAACAUGAGUUCUGAUCUCUUGAUCCAAAUCAAAUGUUUACAAUUUUCCCCCUCGGAUAUUAUCUGAAUGCAAAGAAAUGUAAAGGCUUUGUGACACAUCUAA